AUGUUCACUGCGAGACGCCUGUUUUCUUCAAAGGCCACCUUUGCCGUUGCAAUUGGGGUACUUGGCUUGGCUGGAUUGACAGCCGCCGCUCCCCUUCAGAAAAAGGAUACUUGUACCUAUACCUGCGGUAGCAUCUGCUACGAUCAGUCUGACAUUGAUGCUGCCUUGGAUAAGGGCUAUUCUCUCUACCAGUCUGGGUCAACUCUUGGCAGAGACAAGUACCCCCAUAAGUAUAACGACUACGAAGGGUUCAGUUUCCCCACAUCAUCGCCGUGGUACGAGUUUCCCAUUCUAUCGAGCUACGAAGUUUACACCGGUGGCUCACCGGGAGCGGACCGUGUAAUCUUUGACUCCGAGGGCCAAUUUGAUAGCCUUAUUACACACACGGGUGCUAGUGGCGACGACUUUGUCGCCUGUUCGCAAUAG